AUGACGAACAUUGCCGUUAAGGUGACAAUGGGCGUCUUUGAAGAUUGUGUGUUCUUCCUUAAAUUGAACAACUUAUCCAUUAAAGAGAAGGGGACACUGCAGAGCUCAAUAACUUCAAAUGGAGGAGUUAUAUCCUUUGUACUGAAUGACAAGUGCACCCAUGUGUUGGUGGAUCCCAUUGGCUCUCUGAGUGAUUCCCAACUAAAAACCGUCGAGAAGCAUCAGAUUCUGAUUGUGGGCGCUGAUUAUGUGCGGGAAUGUUUAGAGAAGCAGAGUCUGAUUAAAGAUUAUCAAUAUCCAAGUGAUGCCCCACCAAGUGACAAACAAGCACAAAGGUUGCAAGAACACAGGAAUACUGUGCACCCAAUCAACACAAAUGAAUUAACGGACAGGUUUGACAGGGAAGGUAGCACCGACGACGAAAAUAAUAUAAGUGACUCUCCAGAUACUGAAGUGGUGAAAUACUGUUUCCUUCAAAAAGGACCGCAAGUGGCUGUUUUGGAGCUGUUGUACUUUCAGGAAUCGUCAUCUUUUCCAUUCAAAAUAUCUACAAUAAUCUGCCAAUCCAAAGGGCCUGAGAGUGACUGCUGCUUUCAGUUUGCAGACAAUGCAGAGUUGGCUUGUCAGAAGUAUAAGAAAAGCAUUGAAGAUUUAAGAAAUGAUGGCUAUGAUACAGCAAAAAGCAUCCCAGCAGAUAUUGUCCCAUUCCUACCAGGGACACUGCAGAAGGUGUUACUUGAAGACAGCAUAAUUCAACCAAAACUCUCAGUGGAUGUCGGGUAUUUUGUGGAAACGGUUUGGACUGAGGCUCUUACUCAUUUGGACCAGAUCCUCUCCUGUCCAGUAAACAGCAUCAGUCUCAGUGAUGUAAGCAAAGCAGAGGGGGUUUUACUCUGGGUUAGGAAAGCUCUGGACACAGGAGUUGAACCUUCUGACAUAAGGAAAGCAAUGGCUGAGUUUUAUCAGCUCAUUCCCCAUAAGGAACCUCUGCAGGUCAAUAUUGAUGUGACUCUUGUGUCAUCAAAGCAGGAUCUAUGUCAGCGUAUUCAAGACAUUGUUAAUGUGUGUGAGAUAAACUCUGGAGAGCUGAACCCAAGUAGCUUUGCUAAAUACCGUGCCCUGCAGUGCAGAAUAGAGCACAUCGACCCCGAGUCUGAGGAGUUCCUUCAGGUGUCCCAGCAAGUUCUGGAGAAGCAGCGCAGUGAUGAAUUCAUUAAUAUAAUAAAAAUAUUCCGCGUUUCAAAAUCAAGUGAGGCCACAGAAUUUGAAAGGAACCUUGGGAAUGUCAAGCCCCUCCUUCAUGCAUCUACACCUCACAGUUUUGUUGGGAUCCUUUACCGUGGGCUGAUUUUGCCAAAAUCCACAGAAGAUGAUUUGCUGAGAACUGAUACAGGAAAUCUUGGGAGCGGAAUUUAUUUCAGUGAUUCUAUAAGUACAAGUAUUAAAUAUUCAGAACCCGCUGUAACCAAUGGGGCGCGUCUGAUUGUGGUUUGUGAUGUGGCCCUGGGUAACUGCAAGGAUGUCUACAAGAGGGAUUUCUCCUUAACCGCAGCUCCAAGUGGCUUUCACAGUGUUCAUGGAGUCAGGCAAAUUCCUGGGGCAAAAUCUGAUUUUGAGGAGGAUGAAUUUGUGGUUUAUAAGAAAGAUCAAGUGACAAUGAGAUACGUGGUUCAGUUCUGCACUGAUAAAGACACAGUGAACAUGGAACCCAAUAAACUUACUCUUCAGCUGGAAAACAUAGAGGAAGAUGAUGAUGGAGAAAACCUACAAUCUUAUGAUGUUGGAGAACAAACACUAUCAGAUGAUGUUGGCAAACUAGUAGAAUCAGAUGAUGAAACAGUGCGUGGAGUGGAGUUGCCAAUGAAACAAGAGAUACAAGUAAAACGUGGUCUUCAGAGCAUUGAUGGCCAGCAGAUUCCUGUGGAUAAUGUUCAUGUAAAAGGCAGAAUAAUAGAUAUCGCUGCAGAGGUGACGCUUUUCCAGACAUAUGUAAGUCAUUCCACGGAGCCCAUAGAGGCUAAAUAUGUUUUUCCACUGGACAGACGUGACGCCACUGUGUGUGGAUUUGAAGCAUUUAUAAAUGGAAAACACAUUAUAGGAGAGGUUAAAGAGAAGGAGCAAGCGCAUGAGGAGUACAGGGCGGCUAUCAGCGAGGGACAUGGGGCUUACCUUAUGGAAGAGGAGGCUGCUGAUGUCUUCACAAUGAGUCUUGGAACACUGCCUCCAGAAGCCACCGUCAUCAUCAAAAUCACCUACAUAACAGUGCUGAGUCAACUGUAUGGUUGUCGUCCUUUAGAAUUCCGCAUUCCUUUUGAAGUAGCCUCUUGGCAAGUGGAAAAUCCUUUGAAAGAAAAACCAGAGGAUGAAAAAGAAGAGGAUAAAAAAGAAAAGGAAAAAACAGAAGAGGAUGAUGAAGAAUCGUCUGAAGAUUCAGAAGAUUCAGAAGAUGAUUAUGAGGAAAUCUUUGUGCCAGAUGGUUGUUUCUCUCUGGAGAUGUCUAUUGAGAUGCCUUCCAAAAUUGAAUCCCUUAAAUGUGAAGCACACAGGAUUAAACAGAAACAAACUGAUUGCAAAGCUGUGAUCACAACAUUUGAAGACAGUGAUAUGCACUAUGACGGCUUUUAUCUGGAAAUCACAUUGGAAGACCUUUCCUUUCCUAGGCUGUGGGUUGAAAAACACCCAGAACAAGACAGUGAGGCAUGCAUGCUGGUAUAUCGCUCCAGUCUUGAAGAUACAUUUGAUGAUUGGAACGUAACCAUCUGCCUUGAUUGCUCCAAUUCUAUGGAAUCCUAUUUUGAAACUGCAAAGCAGCUUGCACUAGAAGCAAUUAGUGAUUUUUUGCAUGCCGAUCACAAGCUAAAUGUAGUUCUUUUUGGUACAAAUUAUAAAGAAUUUUAUCCUUAUACAACUCAGAACUGGCGGAAUGACAAAGCUAAAAUACGAAGGUUUAUCAAACUGGCAAAACCAAACAUGGGGGGCACAGAGCUGUGGAAGCCUUUGCAGGCCUUGAGUUUGUUGCCUCCAUCCUCGGGAAUGCAUAAAAUUCUUCUUAUAUCCGAUGGGCACAUACAGAAUGAGAGUCUUGUCUUUAAAAUCCUGAACAAGAAUGCUGGGAAAAUGAGUAUAUACAGCUGCGCUGUUGGUACAACAGCAAAUAAACAUCUGAUGAGGUCUUUGUCUCAACAAACUCGUGGUGCCUGUGUGUAUUCUGAAGACCCUUUAGUCUCUACAGAAAAGAUUGGAUUUCAGACUCAAGGAAUAUGGUCUCCUUCGUGCUGGGAUAUGUCUGUUAAAUGGCAGCAAGCAAGCCUGAACUGCCCAGAACCAAUACAAGCUCCAACACUCAUACCCCCAUUGUUCCCAUACAAGCAUCUACUAGUUUGUGGGUUUGUCUCUGAUUGCACUCAGGUCACACUUAAAGCUUCAUUUACAGAUCAUGAGCUUGACACUGCGGUAUCAGCUACCGAAUUGCAAAAAUCUACAGGAACGAUGCUUCACAAAAUGGCAGCCAAUGCCAUUAUCAGGGAUUAUGAGGAUGAAAUCCUGCACCUAAUCAAACAGAAGCAUGAGAUGAAAAAACACCAAUUAAAGCCCUUUAUUAUUGGGCUCAGCAAGAAGUACUCACUUGUGAGUCAAUGUACACGCUUUGUUGCUGAAGAAAAACAGGAGGAGCAGGAAAAGCAAGAGAACUGGGUGCAGAAUGUGCAGGAAAUGAUAUCUGCAAUAGAUGUUGAUAUUCUGCCCCACAUGGACUGGGAAAUUAAAAAACAGAAAACUCCUUGGCACAAAACUAGCCGCUAUAAAAGAAUAAUGCAGGGACGUCGUAACUCUCAAUCCAAUGAGGAAAGCUCUGAAGAAAACAGUUCUGACCACAGUUCUGAUGGUGAAGAAGGAUCUGACCCAGUGCCUCCUAAUUCCGCGACUGAAAAGUCUGAUGCAGCACCUCCUACACAGAUUUCUUCAUUGUCCCAUAAAGAAAAAGUGACAAAAUGCCCAUCUUUCUCUUCACUGUCUGCUCUACAGUGUGAGGAGGGAUACUGGCAGCUGAAUGAAGCUCUCGGAUCAUUGAUAAACAUUGAUGUCAAUUACUUGUGCAAUGAGUUUUUAGUUAAAAAUGGUAUCCAGUCCCUUGGGAGCAAAGGAAGGGAAGAGGUUCCAAAACUCAUUGCCACACUCUUGGUGCUGCAAGUAAUCCGCACUAAUAACUUGCAGGGGAUAAAAUGUAAGAGUUUGGUGUCACUGGAUGAGCCCUCCGGCACCAGCCAGUUCCACCAGGCAACUGAGAGAGCCAUGGAAUGGGUGAGAAAGAGAGACAGUCAGUAUCCUGGCAUCUGCAAUCGACUCGGCUUGGGCAAAGACUGGGAAUCUGCCACCCGGAAGUUAUUAUCCAUUGAUCCCGUGGAUCCUUCCUCUGAUCUUUAUCCUGCUGUGAGCAGAGACAGAUCCAACAGUUAACUUUAAUCUUUAUUACUGUUUGUGGUGGGGUUUGGCCACAUCCAGUACCCUAUACAGCACUCAUGGUCAAACUCGCUUCUAUAUUCUGUCUCAUCAUGUAUCAAACAUUUCCUGUUAAUUAAAUAUAAUAAGUUUACAUAUUUAAUGCAAAUAAUCACUUUUGAUGAACGGUAAAAGCUAUGCACAGGGUACCUCUGGCAGGAAAGCAGGCAUUGAACCUUUUCUGCCAGUCAGAGAUUAACAUUACCGCCUGAUUUGUUCCAGAAGUGGAGAGGUGUUGGCUGAGCUGAGACCCUCCUCAAUUUUUGGAGCGCUUAUUGCACUAGUUUGUGUAAGGGUAGUGCCUCACCAGGCGGACUAUCUGCCUUCAGUUAAAAACAGGCCGAGAAUCUGAUGUUGUGCUCCUAACAGCUUCCUGAUGUGCCUGGAGCCGCUGCGUUGGCCGGGGCGCUGGCAUGCAAAGUGGAUUUUGGGCGGAAACUCUUGAGUGUGCAUUUUAGCACUGAAAUCUGCUCCAUGUGCCUCCACCCGGGCUGACGCAGUGGUUCAGGGUGCAGGCACAUCAGAAAGAUAUUAUGAGUAUAGGGGUGGAUCCGCAGGUAAAUGCAGGCCGGGACUCUGCCUGAUAUGGCACUAGCCUUAGGGAAGCAGAACAGAACAGUCCAAGUGCCUUCCUGCUGCUGUUAGAUACAGCCCAUACAGCACUAUCACUGUAACUGGCUUUUCCUAAACAAGCAGCCUGUAUUUAUAUUCCUGCUCAUAAGCUUUAUUCUGGUGGGGUAAAUCCACCCGCUGCUCUUACUAAUCUUUGAAAAGUCAGUUUUCUUUGUAGCUUUAAUAGAAGCUUGAUUCUAAUAUAUUGCCUAAUGCAAAAGAGUAAGCUAGGUCCAUAAAAAGGAAAGUACAACAAUAUUGCCACAGUGGCUAACAAUAAAAUGGCUUUUUAUCCUGUUGUGAUAUAUAAAGAUCUCAUAUGGCUAUUGUUGCAAGCCCAAAUUAAUAGCUGGACUAGAUGUGCCCAUGUCCCAUGUCUACCCAAUAAAUGUAACAUGGUGAAAUUGC